AUGGGGUAAAUCCGUGAGGGUAAACUUUUCACAUUAGAGAGAUGUCGUUUCAUGUCGUUUCAUUUCGUUAGAUUAAAAUCGAUCGACUGAAGGAAUUGUUGGCUACGACUCUUGCAGGUGAACCGGCCGCUGACGAUGAAGAAGGAGGGCAUUCAGACGAGGAACAGGAAGCUGUCGUCGAAGAGCAAGAAGAAGAAGGCCGGCGGUUGCUUGGGCCUCGGCGGCGUCAUGGGCGAUAUGAUCAAGGCCAGUGGUCACCUCGAUCUCGACAACAAGCCCUUCCAUUCCGGGUUCGGCUCGCCCAUGAGCACGUCGCAGCAUCAUCACACGAUGCAUCCAGCGAUGCAGCACUACAUGUAUCACACGGGGGUGGGAGUCGCCGGUGGUCUUCACCAGGGUUUCGCACCACCAGCGCCACCACCGAUUCACCCUCACUCGCAUUCACACUCGCAUUCGCAUCACAUGACGAGUCUUCAGGGUCUCCAGCUGGCCGCGACGACGAACGCGAUGGUAAAAGGCUGGAUGCAAUUAGAAGGACGAAAAAGAAUCGAGCAGGAGGGAUGUCUCGAGGCCGCCGACCGUGGAUUCGACGACGAACGUUUGUUUCGCGGCGAUACUGAUUUCGCGGAGAACGUGUAUAAAGCGACAUUGUAAGAUAUCGUUGUAAAAAAAGGUUUUAACUUAAAAUAAAUUAACGAUAAUUCACGCAUAAUAAUUCCGUGCUAAUUCUCAGCUUCUUAAACCAUGUGGCUUUCCUCUCGUCGAUUCGAUCUCUUUCGAGGGGAAGGGAAAACCUCUCUCUGCACCUACGUGUUUAUUUCGUGGACGAAGAUGUGUUACGAAAGUGUUGCAGCGCGUCUUCUUCGAGACGUUCAACUGGAUAACUUUCGAUCGAGGAACAGGACACGAGGGCCUUGUCGAUUUAUUCAGGAAUCAACGCAUUUUUUUUUUUUUUUUUUUUCUUAAAUCCAUUUCUCACUCAUUGUUAAUUCUCGCAGUCAGGUUAGGUUGGGUCGUACUACUUGAUUUAAUUCAAUCAUUAAAUCAUCGAAGGAGGAACUAUACAGGAUACGCUUAUAAUAUUACAAAGACGUAUUAUUAUUAUUAUUAUUAUUAUUAUUAUUAUUAUUAUUAUUAUUAAUAAGAAUGAUAUUGAUUAUUAUAAAAAGAGUUUAA